UGUUUCUAGUUUAGAACAAAAUGGACAUGGACUCUGAAGACCUGAAAACUCUCGCCGCCGAGCAACGCCGGGAACUCAUGGCGGCGCGUGACGUCGAUCUCGACUUUGAUUUCGCUUAUCAACUUCAACUUCAAGAAGCUAUCGAUGUCUCCCUCUCUAUGCAACCCUCCACUUCCACCGCUGCACCACCUACCCCCACCCUACUUCAACCCCAACCGAAUUCCUCUUCAGCGAACGACGGAAUUUCGAAGUUCGCCGACGUGCAAUUUUCGGAAAUCUUGCAACUUGAACGAGAAAUCGAUGAUCGCAGGCUUAGCGAAUUGGAAUUCAGGAUUAUGCGUGAUGACCUUCAGCGUCGAAUUCAUGAUCAUCGUGUUGCUCAAGAGAUUCUUCGUAUGCCGGAGGAUGAGUGGCAGGAUAAUGGAGACAAUUUUGAGCUUCCUUUUGGAGAAGGAACAUCCAAAAGUGAGGAUAAAGAGCUUUUUAGGGUUUAUUUCAAGGGUUUAGUGGAGAAUUUUCCUCCAAAUGUGUUUAUUGGUGGGAUUGGAGUUGCCAUUUGUGAUUCCAGAGAUGAAUUAUUGUUCGAAAUGAGGAAGCCAUUUUUUGGAAAUGCAAUGAAUCGCCAGUGCAUUGAGUUUAAGGCCCUUAUUGAAGGUUUGAAUGCUGCAAUCGCCUUGGAUUUGAGAAGGGUCGUUUUCUAUUGUGAUUACUUUCCUAUAUUCCAGUUUGUUACAGGCAGAUGGUCAGCCAAACAGCGGAAGGUUGCUGCUCUACUAAAUCAAGUGGCUUUGCUUCGACUAAAGUUUUCAUUUUGCCAGCCGUCUCUUGUGCCUCGAAAUGAAAUUAAGUUUGCAUUUAAAUUUGCAAGAGAGGCAAUGACUUCUCAGGUUGAGAAAGUCGCAGAGACAGCUGCUUCAAGGAAUAUGUACGAAACUUGUGCUAUUUGUUUUGAAGAGACUAAUUUUGGUCAGAUUUUCUCGGUUGAUGAUUGUAGACACCGUUAUUGUGUCUCCUGUAUGAAACAACAUGUUGAAGUGAAGCUGCUUCAUGGUAUAGUGCCUAAGUGUCCUCAUGCAGAGUGCAAUUCAGAUUUGAAACUGGAUAGCUGCAGUAACAUUUUGACACCAAAGUUAAUUGAUAUUAUGAAGCAACGCAUCAAGGAAGCUUCUAUCCCUGUAACUGAAAAAGUUUACUGCCCUUACCCAAAGUGCUCGGCACUAAUGUCAAAAUCUGAAGUUUUAGAAUAUACUAAGGGUUCCUUUUUGGGAGCUGAAAGACUUGGAAUCAGUAAAUGUACAAAAUGCAAUGGCCUGUUUUGUGUCAAUUGCAAAGUUCCUUGGCACUACAAUAUCGCGUGCGAUGAGUACAGAAAGAGAAAUCCUAAUCCUCCGGAAGAUCUUAAGUUGAAAACCCUGGCAGAAACGAAUUUGUGGCGCCAAUGUGUAAAGUGCAACCACAUGAUUGAACUUGCAGCAGGGUGCUACCACAUAACUUGCAGAUGUGGGUAUGAAUUUUGUUAUACAUGCGGAGCACCGUGGGUGGACAAGAAAGCAACUUGCUCCUGUAAGCUUUGGGAUGAGGACAACAUUUUAGAUGACGAUAACGAUGACGAUGACGAUGACAAUGACGAUGAUGAUUAUGAAACUGAUUAUGAAACCGAUUAUGAUGAUUACUACUUCUGA